AUGGGAGGAGACUGGAGUAGAGAGAGGGAUGGAGGGAGGAGGGAUGGAGGUAUAAUUAUGGUAGGAGGCUGCCAGGGCGAGAGAGAGGAGAGAGAAGCAGAGGGAGGGAAAGAAAGAAGAGAGCGAGGAGAGAGAAGAGAGAGAGAGUCCAGCCCACUCCGGUAAAACCAUUCAACUGGUGAGCGAGGGAACGCAUUCAACAGAGAGAGAGAGAGAGAGAGAGAGGAAAAGAGGUAAAGAGAGAGAGAGAGAGGAACUCCCUUCGUCUGGGAUAACUUAGUCAAACUGCCUCUCGAACACACACACACUCUGAACACACACUCUGCAGCGAGCGAGCGACUUCACCCCGGGAACAAGGAUCCUCCCGCACUCCAGAGUUUUUCCAUCUCCGCUUUUUCCUCAUCCAUUCAUCACAUCUGAGAGUUUUUUCCUCUCCUUCUUCUCCUUCUUCUUCUUCUUCUUCUUCUCCUGGUUUUGUUGAUUUUUCUUUUUCUUUCUUUCUUGUGACGCCUCCACAUUUUCCAGCCAUCUGUCCCUGACAAAAAAGAUAAGGAUUACUCAUUUUCUCUCUCGGCGUUUUUGUGUUUUUUUCUUCUUCUUCUUCUUCUUUUUUGUCCUCCUCUCUCUCGUUUCUUUACAGCUUUUUUUCCCUCCGGUUUUCGCAGGUGGACUGUGAGCUCAGCUGAACUUUGCAAACAAACUUCUGAGGAGAGAAGGAGAGAGAAAAAGAAAGAGAGAGAGAGAGAGAGAGCAGAGGAAGAACGGAGCGAAGGUGAAUUUCAAACACCACUUCAGGACUGAUUUUUUUCUUCACACACUUUCGGACAAAAACUCCACUUUCUGCAUCUUUUCUCUGCAUCUACAUCCGGCAGCAUCACCAAAUCCAGCCCAGCAGCCAAUCAGGCGCCUCCUGCCAUCAUGUCAGUCUUACCUCUGCUCAGCUGGACCGUCCUUCUCCUGGUCCAGAGCUGCAGCUCCUCCUCGGAGUCCACGUCCAGGCUCCAGUCGCCGCCGCUCUCCCUGACCGUCCAUCCUCACCACCAGCCCCUGCCGGUGGACGCCGCCUCCAGCUCCCACUGCCCCUCCUGCGCCCUGGCCAGGAUGAGGAGGAACGAAGGAGGCGCGGCGGCGGCGACAGCAGAUGACAUAUUGGGACAGGAGCAAGAGGAGGUGGAGGCGGCUCAGCAGGACGUGGUGGAGGCGGUGAAGAGGCACAUCCUCAACAUGCUGCACCUCCAGGCCCGGCCCAACAUCACCCGGCCCAUUCCCCGCGCCGCGCUGCUCAACGCCCUGCGCAAGCUCCACGUGGGGCGAGUGGCGGAGGACGGCAGCGUGCAGAUCGAGGGGGAGGAGGAGGUGCGAGGGCGGGGUGGCCGUGGAGGAGGAGGAGGAGGGGGAGGAGCAGCGUCGGUCGGACGGGCAGGAGACGGCGAUGCUCAGGAGACGACGGAGAUCAUCACCUUCGCCGAGGCUGGUGAGUACGGCGAGUGUGUGUCUGUGUGUGUGUGUGCAAGUGUGUGUGUGUGUGUGUGUGUAUUUGUGUGUGUGUGUGAGUGUGAGCAUCAUUUUUCCAUCUGCAUCAGUGUUACAGAUGGAAAAAUAGCGAGGAACCGGCGUGUGUGUUUGUGUUAGUGUGUGUGUUUGUGUUAGUGUGUGUGUUUGUGUUAGUGUGUGUGUUUGUGUGUGUUUGUGUGUGUGAAUAACUGGCAGCAGUUCAGCAGUACGUGUGUGAAUCUGCAAGUUGGUGUGUGUGUGUAUUUGUGUGUGUUUUUGUCUGUGUAUGUGUGUCUGAGCAUCACUUUACUCUGUGAGCGUGGAGAGAGAAAAUACCUCCGUGCAUGUGCAAGUGUGUGUGUGCGUGUGUGUGUUUGUAAGUGUGUGUGAAGCACUGGCAGCAGUCCAACAGUACGUGUGCAAAUCUGCAUUUUUCUGUGUGUGUGUGUGUGUGUGUGCUGUCAAAGAAUGUGUGACGCCUACCUGCGUGCGUAUUUGUGUGUAUCUUUGAGUGUGUGUAGAGAUGACUAGAGUAUGUAGGCACAUUUUUGCAUGUGUUAGUUUGUGUGUGUGUGUGUGUGUGUGUUAGUGUGUGUGUGUUAGUGUGUGUGUGUGUGUGUGUAAAGGAUAAAAAAGGAGCUGUGUUAGAAAUCAGUCAGCUGAAAACCACCAGAUCAUUCAUGUGUGUGUGUGUGUGUGUGUGUCCACCUGCUUAAUUCCACCUGCGUACUCAUUCAGCCAAACGUGAAACACACACACACACACACACACACACACACACACAGAGUUACCUCUAAUCGCCUCCUGCUGUUUUCAAAGAAUACCUCAUUAUCUACUUGAAAUCAGAGCAGAAUCGUGUGUCACUGUGUGAGUGUGUGUGUGUGUGAGUGUGAGUGUGUGUGUGUGUGUGUGUGUGUGUAAAUGCAGUGAGCCCUUUCCUGACAGACCGUAGCGACAAAGAGCGAGUUACAGUCAGAGAGAGAGAGAGAGCGUUACUGAAUAAUGAGCCUCGCCUCACAGCGUCCGUCAGGUGAUACUUCCUCUUCCUGCUCAGGUGAGGGUGAGGGUCGUGAGAGGGUGAGGCGUUCGCAUCAUCCCACUCUAUCUCACCUUUGACCCCACACACACCUCCGUAGACCCAGGUCAGUUCAGGGUCGCGACGCUCGCACUUAUGAGUUUUCUGGUUGACAAAGAAGCAGUAAGUCAUUGCAGUUGUCGUGUGUAAACCUCGUAUCUCCAGUUUUUGUUUUUUUCACUCCGUUGAAGUUUAACAGCCGUCAGCUGAAUGUGGGGAAACUGUCUGUUUCUUCUCACCUCGUCCAGAAGCUGCAGCUGCCCUUAGUGCUCUUCAACGAGCUUAUAGAGACCUAAACUCCUUCUGCUUGUCAACACUUUAUCACAGUCUACCUCCGUUUGUCUCUGACCGUACAUAUCUUUAGGGUCUUGGUGCAAGAACGAUCGAUUCUUCUGCAUGAUGUCCAAGAGUUCAUUUCUUUGUUAGUGUGAGAUAUUUGCAGCAAUUAAAAAAAAGGGAUUUGCAUGAAAGUUUAGAUCCUACAAACUCACCAAAGUGAGUCCAGGCAUACAUUUUUCCAGGAGCUCACCUGUCAGUCAGGCAGAGUGGGCGGGACUGUGACGUCUCCCUCUUCCUCCUCCUCCCUCGGUGUUUCUGUCGAUGGCGUUUGAGUUUCCGUAGGCGAGAGGCUGGAGCAGCAGAUGGAAAAGAUUUUUAUGAAGCGGAUCGGAGCAGACAGGCGAGAGGAGCAGGAAAACUCUGAAUGAAAUGUUGGUCAAAAGUCUCUCUGCGUGGAUGAAAGUGAGGUUACACACAGACGGAGUUUUAUCGUCAUUAUCAAGUUUCUGCACACUGGACCUUUCAGAGAACCAAACCAACUAAAUUUGACCCAAUCGAUGAGAUAGUCUGCACCAGAACCAUUUUAGGACCUUCAUUAGACCUCUGGUUCUUGGUCUCUGAGACUCUUGUAGCUCCUCCUCCAAUAAAACACACCUGUUAGUAACUCCGACUCAGCGCCAACAGAUCCGCCCAGAGAAACUGAACAGUUAAGGUCAAGUUAAAGAUGAUUGCAUUUAUGGGAUUAAAACUGAAGUUGAAUUUCUCAGAGUCAGACUAACAUCAUCUGGUAACCUGAAGUAGACCCAAACUAACCUUCACCAUCUGCACGUGCUCUGUAAGAAAGUCUUUGUUGCUUUCUGACUUUGGUAAUCUUCAUCAGCGUUUAUCUCAUCUCAGUGUUUCACCAAGAACUUUUGUUUGGAGUGGCGCUUCCGGGGCGCCAACUCGCUAAAGACCGUGUAAAAGCUUGAACGUUACCUUUCACAUUAAUGGAAGAGCGUCUGACAGGAUUAAAUGCGCGUGUUGAUGACCCAAAACAAGACAAAAAUAAUGUUGUGUGUUGUUGCGCUCACACAGUGCGAGUAGAAAUCAUCAGUGGUGCAUUGAUAUUGAUGAUCAUGUGAAAUUUCAGGAGCGGCGCAUGUAAUUCGCCGCGACUGAAUGAAUGUCGGGGAAACGCUGCAUUUGCACCAGGAGUGUGGAGUACGAGCUGAGGACUUGUCCACAGUUUCUCUUUAAGGUGUUGGUUGUUUUGGUACGUGUCGAAUUGGUCAAACAGGAAAUGAUGCAAUAGGAACCAGCUGGAAGGGCGCCAGUAUCUAUCAGUGCCUCCUUAAAGUCAGAAGUUCCAGACUCUGAUGGUUCCACCCUAACCCUGUUCUGGGAACUAACAUCUAAGUCCAAAUCCAGGAAACCAAAAGUUCUCUUUGUUAGUGUCAGGGUUCUGAACCGGUCUGGAGAAGAUCUCAGGACGGGAUGGUAGCUGAUAGUCUUUGUGGCGUGCGGGCUAACGUAAGCUUUAAGAUACGUAAACAUGGUCACCUGCUCUGACAGUUUGAUGAUCAUCCAGAGUUUAAAUCUCAGACAUCUCUGUAAACAGUUGAACCUUCAGUUCAGCAGAUCUGGGACCAACCAGAACCACGUGUUGGGGCUCUGCAGUCACCUGUUACCUGACGCCCUCCCCUGAUUCCGAUGGCAAAGGCGCCUCCAGUUGGGUUUACUCCGUGACGGCGGGUGUUUGCGGAUUUUCAGUCAUGUGACGGGGGUUGUGGUUUCCUGGUGAAUUUUUUUUCAAUUUUGACCUGUCAUGCGACGAUGAGUUCAGCCCGAGUUUUCUGAACAGAAGGUUCAGGGUUACAGAGGUUUGUACGAUCGGAGCCGCUCAGAAGUUCGGUGAAAACUCUUCUUCUUCCUCCUGUGGCAGGAGCUGAUAAAACCUUGUUGUUUUUCUAAGAUGUGACACAGCCCGCCGUGAGAAUACUUUGCACCCAGCCAGUCCUGUGCUUUGUUAGAAAUAACUGAUGCAUUCAGGGACCUCAGUAAUUAUUUUGGGCGACGGAGAUGGUGAGUAGGGGAGCGGAGGGACGACUGGAAUCUUGGCGGAGACCAAGUGUCAAGCUCCGUUCAGCAGCUCGGACACAAUAUCUAUCUGUCCGUCGUUUUCUUUCCAUCUGCCUGUUCUGUUGAAAUUCCUCUCCUCCGUCCCUGUUUAUCUUCUGCUCCUCUCUCCGUCUCUCCCCACACACAGAGGACAAUUAGGCUAAUUGAACUUAAUUGAACACAUCAUUAGCGACAUUCCACAAUCCACUUUCAUCUCGCUCUCGCUCUCUGCUGCUCGCUGUAACCUCGGUCUACCCUUCCCUCCUCUGGCAGACAGAAUAAGCCGGUCAUUGUUGGAUCUAUUCUGGUGGCCACGUCUGUCUGGGGACUCAAACCAGCAACCCUGGGAUGAGCUUGGGCGCGGUUCAGUGACUCCUGACAACAGAGAGGAAACAGUGGAUCUGAGCAGCGCCGAGAAAGACAAAGAAAGAGAGAAAAGUCCUUCUGAUAUGAAAAUAAACUAUAAUUAGCAUGUUUCCUCUCCGUGUUUUCCUUCCUCUUCCUCACAUUCGUCUUUUCACUCUGCGCUCUUUCAUCUUCUUCUUGGCGUUCGCUCCGUUUCCACUCCUCCUUUGCAGCUUUUGUUCUCUCCUCUUCGCUCCCUCCUCUCCCAUCCCUCGCUUUGUUGGUGACGUGGCUCCGGCAUGUUUAUAGCGUGUUUACGGUCGCGCCCGUGCAGUCUUACCGCCGUUUGAAUCCCCGGUGGCUCGUUUUAGUUUUCGUCCUCAUCCUCGUCCCACCACAUCGUUUGGCUCCGCUUUGAUGUGUGACCGGCCGCCAAAGAUGCUCUAUGUUUGGGAAGAUGAAUCACUGGAUAGUAAACAGCUACAGAUUGUGUCCAGACCUGCCGUGCACCAACACACAAACCGACAGGAAAUAUUCUGCAGAUACUGUAGAUGCUCUGCAGAUUUCGCAACUCGACCAAAGGUGGUAAUGUUUUAAAUUUCCUCGAUGUUCAGACUCAAACAAACACUGAGGGCCAAUUUUCACUCGUUCCCACACAUCCACACUUUCCUGUUGCCACUUGGAUACCACAUGUGGAUCCUUCCGCCGCAGAAAGUAGUUCCAGUCCUUCUGAUAGUUUGAUUAAAACUUCACUGAGAAGCUGAAAUAAGAAACUUAAUGAUCCUGUUUUUAGGUCUUUAGGAACCAGACGGACUUUAAGGAUGGACUAUCAUAGUCCUGACUAGACAAGACCGAACUCUGGAGUGGACUUUCAUUGUCUAAGUGAUUUUAGUUUGGAAACAAAAGCGUAGCUCUUGGUUUUGAUAGUAUCGGUGGAUCUCCAGUAGCUGUGAGAAAUUAUUUCAUUUUUUAAAGUCAGUCCAGAAAGAUGAACCAGGACAUGAUCAGAGGUGUCAUGGUCAGACGCUGGUAUUUAAGCAGGGAUCAGUGAUGGCAUCUCGCUGACCCAGAGUCCGCAGGAGGACGAGGUGUGGGGUCUACCUCAGCAGAGAGGGAACCACCAACCUUCAGUCCUCCACCUUAUCUUUCAAACAAGUGUCAUGGACCAGUUUAACCAGACCAGUUUAACCAGUCACCUGGUUAUACCUCCAUUACAUCCUGUGGUAGUAGACAUAAACCUGAGCUGUUCCUCGUGGACGGUGGCGAUGCUUCAUCCUGGGUAUAACCAGAGAGCGGCGAUAUGACAGAUGAUCAAAGUGAAAUAAACACAGAUGUGUUUGUUGAUCUACUUCUUUCUUUUUUAUUGUUCUGCUCUUGUUGGACUUGAUUUUAAUCAAUAACCAAAAUUGACGACCUGCUGAGGCAGAAGUCGACCAACAACUCCUGCGUUCGCCCUCAGGUGGUACCUUCUUGUUGUGUUGGUGGACUCUGGUGUCGAUGUCAUGACUUCUGAUUGGUUUACAGCUGUGCUUGAUCUCUGCUACAUAUCCGACUAUUUCCAUAUGACAGUAUUUUUGGUCCUGGUGGGACAUGAGUAAACGUACGACAUUAAAACAGAGUCAGGGUCGUUUUUAAAGUCCUCAGAGUGAGACAUCCUCUGUGGGAAAGAGACGGAGAGACAGAGAGGGUGAGGAAAAUUAGAGAGUGAAGCUGUCCCUGAACCACAGCAGCAGACUCAACACUCACUGAGGUUUUCAUUAGAGACCUGAACAUGGAGCUGAUACCUAAUCUCAGAGGUGAUACGAGAGUUUCUGUGGAGAUAAGAGACCGAACGAUAAUGAGGAGAAAAUAUUUUAGGCUCUGAAGGAUUUAAGGUGCAAAAAAACUCACAAAUGCUUCAAAACAGAUCUAAUAUCGUCCAAUCAGAGUCCUUUGUCUCUGAAGAAUCUACCAUGAUCACAGACCUGCAGAGAUGGACUCCCUAAGACUUGUUGUUCUCCUUCAUGGAUAUCCAUUCACUUUAUUUGCAAAGUCAUAUGAUGUAUAGAUGCAGAAAAACUUGAAUCACAGAUAGUUUUUUUUAGAGGGGGUGUUUCUGGUCGAAAAGUUCUUGGAUCUUUUUCUGUAAUGUUGUCAGACUCAGAAAAAAACCAGAACUUUAAGCGGAUCCAUCGAGGAUGACGUUGCAGACAUCACAGGAGGAUGGAGAAAUCUAGUUCAGUAUUUCCAAACAUUUCCCUCCUUUUGACCCCAAAUAUGAAGAAAACGGGUCCAAGUUUUACCACAAGACCCCCUUGAGUUGGACCAUUAUGGCUUUACUUGGAAUCCUCAGAGUUUAACCGACCUCUCUCAGCGUUUACUCGUCUUUGUUCGACUUUGUGAACACACCCACAAACUUUCAGAGACUGUUACUGGACCGUCUUUAGGUUUUCAGACCAGUAUUCGGGUCUAACUGUGUCACUAAGGACCAUCCCCAGCGUGGGUCCGGUCUCUGAGGACUGUCCAGACCUCGUCUCAUCUCUGCUCAUCAGAGUGUUUAUAGAGACCAGGAUUUCCUUCUUCUGCUCGGAGUCUUUGCCUGUGAAACCCGAGCCCACAGCGGCGGCGGCGGCGGCGGCGCAGUCUCUUUGGCAUUUCGGUAUUUUGAGAUGGGAACAGUUGACUGUCAGAUUGGACUGCUUAUCUGCUCUCUCAUUAUAAAUAAAGUGGCCUGGGAACCUAGACACACAGUGGGAGUUACAAGCUGGCAACUUCAACUUCAAUUUAGCUCAAAACUUUAUUGUCCCAGGAGAGGGAUCUGGUCUGUAGACGGAGUCUGGAAAUGAAAACCAUGCUCUGAAAUCCCCGAGUUAAAACAAUGAAAACACAUUAAAACACGGGGCUGAAAACACGACAUGUGACAGCUGAAGUGGGUUUGAUGGUGGAGAGGCCGUCCCGCCUCUGUUUCCCACACUCUCUCUCUGCGUUGUUGUUUUCGUCUCUGUGUUUGACACUGAAUUUGUUGGAGUUCACAGCUGGAGUAAUUUGACAGACCGCUUUUAUUUGGUACAAACAGUCAGAGUAUGUGACAGCACGGUUCGAGGGCGUUCACGAUGGAAACAGAGGCCGGCUUUAACCAUCGGGGGGCCUCUCGCUGUUUGUCUUCUUCUGCUUUUGGUGUCACUUCAUGCGGUUUUUAUUGCAUGGCUUUACAGCAGCUUGAAAUAAACAGUAUGCAUGGAUGCAGAGUGACAGUACGAUCUUUAUCAGAGCGGCGGAGAUCCAGAUCCACAGACCAGGAUCUUUGUUGGUCCUGGAUUUGAGGUCUGAAAGAACUUAGAAGAGUUUGUUUGCUUUACAGUCAGCUCAGUCUGUCACUAACACCGCUGCAGUUCCUCCUGUGUCCACUAGAGGCGGUCCCCUGAAGUCAGUCAGUCCCCAUAGAGCCUCAUGUCACUUUGUAAACUUCUGUUUCUAAAAGUGCUAUAAAAAAAAUAAAGUAAUUAUAAUGAGUUACUAUCAUGUCAGACGUCUAAGUUUACAGCAGAAAUAAACCUGCAGAUCCACACGGAUAUACGACGAGUUUAUUUAUUUUUAUCGUCUGUAUUAAUUUCCAGUCUGUUUAAAAUUCUCCACAUGUGAACUUUAAAUUAACUUUGGCUGUUUUGUCUCAAAUAUUUCACUUUAAAAUGUUAAAGUUAAAUUAACUCCAUAAACAUGAACUGGGAGGACAAACAAACCAUCAGACGGCAGCCUGAACUUUCAGCCCUGUUUUUUUUCUGCUCACUUUGAAGCAUCUGGAGCAGAUUUAUCUACGGUCACAUCCAUUCGUGUUUCUCUUCCUCUAAUUGUGUCUUUGCAUGCAGACUGAACACCUUCAGGCUGCAGGUCACUUUGAUCUGCAUCAAACACAGAUCUCAGCUGUGAUUGGUUACUCUCCGGCAGGUGUUCUCUCCGCUCUUCACUUCCACACGUGAAAUUUUCUCAGACUUUUUCAGAGCUCUGAAAUUUGACAAAGGCCCGUACGCUUGCGGUGGAUCGCAGAAAUUUGACUCUGCAGCUGGUAAGAAAAAGUCCUUUCAAAGUCAGGAGUCAAUUCCAGCUCUUUGUGGUCGCAGGUGCAGCUCACCUGGAAAAUUUCGGGUCGAUUUCAGGAGUUUUGAGAACAUUUGAUAGUCAGGCUUCAAGUCUGGGAUUCAGCGAUCUCCUGGGUCAGUCAAGCCGCGAUAAUGCGCCAAAACGACAGGCUCGGGUUAGCGUCAUCUGAACUCCAACAGGCAGGACUCUCCUCUGAGAGUGUGUGUGUUCUGAUGCAUGUGUGUGUUGGGGUGUGUGUGUGUGUGUCGGUCCAGACGAGACUUCCUCUUCCCUCUGGCUGACGAUGAGCGAGUUUGUCAUUCGGGACAUUCCUCUCGUCAGAAGGCGAGGCUGCUCUCAUACCUCCUCACCGCCUUUGUUUACCGGCCGUUUGACAGCGUUACACAGAUUCGGUUUCAUGUCACGAGCCGUCCCCUGAGUGUGUGUGUGUGUGCGUGUUUGACUGUGUGUGUGUGUUUACUAACAGCCCACUGACUCACAUGUGGUGCCAAUAAGGCCGUGGAGCAGGGCGUCGACUCUCGGGGAUCUGGAGCAGAUUUCUGUCCCAUGCAGGCGAGGCUGAGCCUGACAGUCCUUACUGAGGGAUGCACACACCCAUGUGAAGUUAAGGCCUGUCAUUGUUCAAACGCUCUAAUCUGAUGGUUUUAAAGGAGUAAGACACUUUUUUUGAGGGGGGGGAGUCCAGCACACAUGAGCUUGUCUUGUAAAAGCAGCUCUUUAAAUCUGUAUUUCUGCUCACAGUCGAGAUCAGCAUCAGCAUGUCGAGGGGAUUUAUGGCUCUGGUGGAUCCAUGCUGGACUGGUUAGCAGGUUUACAGGAAGACCACAGUGCAAAGAGAGAUCCUAGUUUUGAGUAGAUGUGACAGCUGAGAGCCGAGGACGUGAUGCCACUCGCACAAACAAACAUGUGGUCCUGGUCGAGUUUAUGACUCGGUAAAUUAUGAGUUGUUUUAUAUGUUUACACUCAUGGUUGUUUUUAUGAGAGUGUCCUCCAGAUCUGACACCAGAACUCCUCCUGAACGUCUCCCAGAGAAAAGGACCAUGUGUGACGUUCAGGAGGAGGUCUUCACUUCAGAUUUAUGGACCAAACUCUGCUGAGGGAAGCUAAAGCUGGAAAUCAAACCCACAACCUUCUUCUGCAAACUAAAGGCUGCUUCUCCAACAGUCUCUCUCUCUCUCUCCCUCUCUCUCUCUCUCUCUCUGUGUCUCUCUCUCUCUCUCUCUCUCUCUCUCUCUCUCUGUGUCUCUCUCUCUCUCUCCCUCUCUCUCUCUCUCUCUCUCUCUCUGUGGUUGUUUGUAAUUUGGGGGUAAAGGGUGGAGGAGGGGGUGACCCAGCCCUCUGAUCCUCCUAAAGUAAACUCAAAGACAGAAGAAAGGGCGGACUCUGAUCCCCUCAGAAAGAUCCCGUCCUGACUCCUGAGGUACACUGUAAAAAAUGUCCCUCACAUUGUCCUGUUAACUUAUCGACCAGGUUACAGGUUACAGUCUUUGAAUUUUACUAAUUAAACUAAAAACAUGUCAAAAGACCAAAGCUAAAGUAUAUAAAAGAAGCUGCAGUCCCUCUGGUGUCCACUAGGGGCAGCUCCAGCUGUGAGUCUUCCCCCAUAGAGCUCCAUGUCAAAAUGUUAAAGUCAAACUUCAGGUGGAUUUAAUGUAGUUUAUGUUUCUUUAUUUCAAUCAAUCAAUCAAUCAAUCAGUCUUUAUUUAUUAAGGACUUUUCAUACAAAAUCGAUGUAGCACAAAGUGGUUUAAAGAGCAGAGGAAUAAAAGAAACAAUGAAAACCCAAAUUUACCCCAGUCCAACCCCUCACUUCCACCCUGUGAUCUAAACACAACAGAAACAGAAUUAAAAUGCAUGAACUUAAAAAGGGUUUGAUUUGAUAUAAACAAGAAUGUGCGCACUGAAGAGGAAACGCUGUUUUAAAAUUCAAGAAGAGGAAAAACUGGAGGUUUAAAAUCUAAAAACAAAGAAACGUAAAAUUUAAGAAAUAAUAAAAUGAAAAAAAAACAACAGUAAAAGACACUUAAAUAAGAGCACUAAGAGAGCUCAAUAAAAGACGAUCCUGUCAUUAAAACUAGAUAAAUGCUAAAACACUUAAAGUUAAUGAUAAAAAAUUUAAGUUAAAAGCAAAACUAAACAGAUAUGUUUUCAGGUCGCUUUAAGUCAAACCUCAUUUUACGGGAAUUACUGCAGAAAACUCACUAAGUAGCUAACAUUAGCAUUCAUAGCAUUAGCAUUCAGCUGUAAUUCCAAUGGUGUCGUAUAUAAAUAUACAUAUAUCUAAAGUCAGCCCAGUAUAGAGUGUAUGAGUGAACACUUGAUCUAUAGAGACCCUAACUGUUUUUGUACCAGCCUGUAAACACGUUUAAUUCUGCUGUGAAGUUUUAACAUGAAGCUCUAUGGGGGCUGACUCACUUUGGGAGACAGUCUCUAGUGGACAGAAGAGGAACUGCGGUUAUUUAUAGAAAGGUACCAGAGGUCGAUUUCUGCUCAGUACAGAGAUGUUUGUUUGAACCAUGACUCUAAUUUCACUGGGGUCAUUUUUUACAGUGUAAAAUCUGAGGCUAAAGUCGGAGAGCGUCUGUGAUCCUUUAAUGUAAACCUGACCGACUCGGCGCAGAUACGACACACGAUUAGCAUUCCUCUGAUGAAGGCAGGAAGCAGCAGUCCUGAUCCUUCACAUCUGUCAGACACACAACCCUCUACCUACAGAUCCUCUUCUUCUUCUUCUUCACUUCUUCAUCCUCUCUUCAUCCUGCUCCUCCGUCCACCAAGAGCAGAGAGAGUUUUCAGUUCGGAGGGUGGAGGAGAGGACAGGAGGAAACAGCUGUGCAAACUGUGAAUCCCAACACAAGCUGCCGUUUCUCUUUCUUUCUCUCUUUCUUUCUUUCUUUCUUUUCUCUCUUUCUUUCUUUCUUUUCUCUCUUUCUUUCUUUCUUUCUCUUUCUUCUUCACAGCAGCAAAGACAAAUUUGUCGGAGCUGCAGGAGAAGAAAAGUUGAACUCCUUUUUUAUCGCUUGCCGACACGAAAACACACAAACACAGUUGCUAAGUACACAAACAAAGAUGCACAUUUACACAAACAGCUUUGGGCCACAUAAACGUUCACACACACACACACACACACACACACACACACACACACACACACACACACGCACACACACACACACACAGAGGUUUGCUCAGCCUGUUGAACGCCGCUCCUCCAUUGAAGGAGGGAUUACAAAAAAACAAUACAAAACACACAAACGGACUAAAAGUGUAUGUUUGGACAGAUGGGCUGAGCGUGUGUGUGUGUGUGUGUGUGUGUGUGUGUGUGUGUGUGUGUGUGUGUGUGUGUGUGUGUGUGCUGUUGCUUGUUGUGGUCUCAGUAAACACAGAGAACUGAGGAUUGGAGGGUGUGUUCGCUGAUGUCAACACCAAACCCAAAAUUAGAAAGAGAGGUCUCUUCUUCUCCUUCUUCUCCUCCUCCUCCUCCUCUUCCUCCUCCUCCUGCUCUUCCUCCUCCUCCUCCUCUUCCUCAGAGUUGAACGAUGCGUCUUUGUCCGUCACUGUCUUAUUUCGUUGAGUCAGAUCAGACAGACAGUGAGAAGCUCUGGACCAUGUCGUCCAUCUGAGCAGCUUCCUGAAGGUCUAUAAUUCAAAAGUGUUUGUUAGUCUUCAGCUCUGACAGGAACAUAAACUAAAGAUGGCGGCACGGCGCUGACAGGACGCCACAUCAAAGCGUCAGCUGUUUCAUAACUUCAUAUUUAAAUAUUUGGACUCUUCUGCAGCAGAACUCGGAGGUUUACUCAGACCUCCAGGUGUCUGAGGACGAAAAACUGGAACCUCUGAGACGUCUGCUGAACAAAUGAGUGUGUGUGUGUGUGUGUGUGUGUGUGUGUGUGUGUGUGUGUGUGUGUGUGUGUGUGUGUGUGUGUGUGUGUGUGUGUGAGACCAGAACUCCUUCUAACAACAUGCCGAUGAGUGUUUGUGUCACGUCUUGUUUAGCAGCUUAAAUCAGAGUCAACAUGAACCCCAGGGGCUGAUGGGAGAUUAUUUAGGGGGUGGAGAUGAUGCUGGUACUGAGGGCAGCUGAGGAGACCUGAAGGUGGUCCCAGUCUGGUUUAGAGGAUCUAACUGGACUCCCUGAUCACCCGUGGACCUCAGGAUCAUCCUAAUGAGGUUCUUGUUGGUCUUCUGAAGGUUCAGUUUGGUCCAUCCUGUGGUCCUUGGUGGCCCGGGUCAGUAUAAAACCACGUUUUUGUUGCCCAGACCUGGUUUUUGAAGCUCUAACUGGACUUCAGAAGAUGUUGGUGCUCAGACCGGGUUUGUGAUUGAUGGACUGGUUUUGAUAUGAUAGGGUAACUGGUGGUUCUGAGGUUCUGGACUGAGUUUUUGUAGCUGAUGAUGGAUCAUCUGUUUGGGUUCUGGUGGUUUGGUGGUCCAGACUGGGAUCUUGAUGUGCUAACGUGACCUCUGAGGGUUUAAACUGGUUUCUCUGGUCCCGUUCAGCGGUUCUGUGUUGGUCAUGGUUUGAUCUGGUUCUGAAGGUUUUCCUCUGAAUGUUGAUGGACAAACAUUGAAACCCAGAUCCGGGUUUUUGAUGGCCGGGUUCUUGUUUUCCAUGGCCUUCCUGUGGACCUUAAUCCGAUUACAGAGGCCGUGUUUUGGUGCUGGUUCUGGUCUCCUCUUGGAUGAAGUUCUUGUUUUUCUGGGCCGGUCUUCAGGAAGUUUAAAAGUUGAAAAGAUCGUUUCAGGUUCACAGACGUCACUUUAUGAAUUCUCCAGACUAGAUCCUGUCAAAGCUGAUUUCCUUCAGUUCUGGACCGUCCUGGUCGGGACCGAUCCUGGUACCAGAACCCCGACCUGCAGUUUUCUGUGCUUGUUUGGGUUUUCAUCUCUCUCUCUCUCUCCCUCGUCGCUGAGCUGUCCAAACACAGACGCUGCAGGAGAAACAGAGCAGGCCGCGGCCAGAAAUCAGCUUUUAUGAGUUUGUUGAGACAUCAGUUUGUACAGAUCAGUCCUCUCAGUCCUCUAUAAACGUGGGAGGACGGAGGGAGGGAGGGAGGGAGGGAGGGAGAGGGAGAGAGGAGAGACUCCAACAAAGAGUCCAAACUCCUCUCAGCUGUUCUUCUCUAACCUGUUGUGAUGUUUUUAUAUUUGAACUCAUUUAUAAUAAAGUGGAGCAGACGUCACGUCUUCAUCAUCAGAGUGAAGAUAAACACUCGUCUUCACAGGCAGAGAUUCUUCUCACUGAAGCUGAAGAAACUUCCUCCAAACUUCCUUUAAAUAAAACGUGUCUGAUCGUUUGAGCGCUCGAUGUUUCGUUGAGUUUCCACGAACACGUUUCUCUCCUGCUCUCCAGGUUUCCUUCGAUGAGACGAGCCGUAAACUCGUCUCUUUUCUGUGAGUCAGCAGCUGAAUCUGUUUUCUGAGGUUUGAGCUGCGGUCGUUUCUAAACAGUCGUGACCUCAUGACCUCUGAAUCCUGAAUAAAAUGUUCCCGUUACUUUGUAGGUUUUCUGCGUCAGGCUGCAAACAUGUUUCAUUUCUCAGAGCGACAGAAUAGAGAGAAACACGUUCAUGGAUGUCUCUGUUAUCUCCAGCUCUGACUCUGCACAUUUUUCUGACUGGAACGUGCUCCUGCGGCGGCCGCAGCAGCGGCGGCGUUGCUCCUGUCCUGUCAUUGGUCAGAGUUCCUGCAGACAGAUGUGUGGCACAGAGUUGAGAUCCCACAGACGUAGCAGGCGUCCGUCCACAGCUCGUCUGUCAUUACAGCCAUAAUAAGCAGCUCCGCGUGAACACACGGGGCCGCCUCCUGACUCUGCUCGCCGUUACAGCUGCUGCUCUCACCUGCUAACGUGCUAUUAGCAUUUCCUCUGACCGUGACAGAGAGGAACAUUUAACACUUCGUAUGAGUCCGGUUUACAACACAGAAAGAACCAGAGUGGGUCCUUCUCCUUUAACCCUUUCAUGAACCAGAGGACUAUAAUUCAAACCGGUGUCGUACCUCCUCCAAACCAUAAAACAUUUUUUUAAUCACGUGAAAAUUAAACAACAAACUCCAGAAGACACCAAAGAUGAUUUUUUGUUGGACUUCAUCUUUAAUCUCUAAAGGUGUUGUAGUCAGGAUCUGAUGAAGUUCCAGUUUUUAGGAGAAAUCUCGAACGUAAACUCUACCCCUCCAACCAGUUUUCCCCUCAGCUCCUCCCCUCCCUCUCUUAAGCCCCGCCCACAAACAGACGCUCCUGCUCGCUCGUAUCGUUCCAAUUAAAUUCAGAUAUAAUGCAGAUAAAUCCUUCAGAUCAUUACAAAUGGGGCCCAGUCAAGGUGAAAGUCAAAAGCAUUGGUGCUACUGUAGAUGCCAACAGACUACCAGCAAACACAAUGUUUGCAGGACUUCUACAACUAGGAUAAAGUGACAUAGUCCAGGACCCGAGGGAGGACAGUUUAGCGAUGGCGCUACAACACGCUACAGCAGGUCCGUUUGACAAGAAACACUUCUGUUACAGACACUUGUCUUACUUUGUUAAAGCGGUUUACCUGUCCAGCAGAAAGGUUACAGGGUCACCAAGAUCCCCAAGCGUCCCCCAUCGUUUUUGUUGACCAGGCUUUUUAGCUCUUGUCCGGUCUACCUCCGUUUUAAGCGCCCGUUAUUCCUCCAGAGUCUCCGCUAUUUACUUUGUUUUCUUGCUUGUGUCGGCAGUCGUGGCCAAAGGAGGAUUCAGACAAUUUUCCGAACUUUCUGGUUGGUUUCUACUGUCCGAUAUUGUAGCACGCUAACUUUGUUUGGGCUCCUGAACGACACGGGGGAGCAGCGUCUGCCUCACAACCAAUCAGCACUAAUGCAGCGUUCGAGUAACCUCGGGAAUUUAGACAUCGGAGCUGAAAAUGACGUCACCGCCGAGUUCCCAGCGUUUCAGUUACGAAGUUGGAAAAAAGUCAAAUCGGAGGUGGAAACAAGAUGGCUACAUCUACGAAAGUUAUUUUCGCUCUUGGCUUAUAUUUGGACAAGGCAAGCGCUUGAAUAAGAACAAAGAGAUAUCGUUAAAUUACCAAAUGUCAUGUCAGCUGUUUGCUUUCCCCGCCUCCACCUCAGCUCCAUCUUUCUAUCGAGAUUCUAAUAAGACCAGAGUGAGCGAUCAGAACCGAACCAUGACCCCCAAAUAGAGUUAAUAUAAAAUUAAUGAUGAUUAAUGAAAAUUAAUGAUCCUCUGUGACUAAAGUGGGCGUGGCUGAGUUCAGGACAGGUGAGUCUGACUUCCUGUCUGUGGCUCUCAGCUCAAAGCUCAUUUGACGUAGAUCUUCAGACGUUUGUGGAGUCUCUGCAGCAGGUCAGGGUCUGUGUGUGGCCCAGUUAAGUUGGACUUCAGGGACCGUGUUCUUGGUUCUUGCGCUCUCGGCGUGGACAGGAUGUUUGUUUUUAGAUUUGUUCUCAGACAGGAAGAAAAAUUAGGAACUGGAACAGACUGACGGUGGAUGUCAGCGGCGUUAUUCGCGUCACACCAACAGAUUGGAUGGUCGUCUUUGUCCCAGAAGUUAAAACAAAGAGUUUUAUUCUUCAACAUCACAAACACUAUUCUGAGAAACAAUGAAUGAACCAACGCGGCUUUUCUUUUUUAACCUCACUGAAGUGACGAUGAUGUAAGCGAGAUAAUCGCCUCCGAAUUGUCGGUUAAACAGCGUUAAUGGACUCGCUAAAGUGCUGAACGCCUCCGCACACACACAUGCACACACACACAGACAGGCCGCCCAUUCACACCGUUUAACAGAGCAUCACUGCUGCUGACAUUCAUAAACUCCUAAAUCGUGACUUUGAUUUUCUGUAUGGACGCCCACGAGCGAGAGACGGCCGAGACAGACGGAGAGGAAGAGGAAAAGGUGAUUUAAGGAGGUUAUGUAACCGCGCUGGGAGAUAAUUGGGCCUCUAACCUGCUGAUUAACUCGGGGCCGUCUGGACCCCAGGUUUCUAGGAAGUGUAAAGUACAGGGCUGUGUGUGUGUGUGUGUGUGUGUGUGUGUGCGUGUGUGUGUGAGAGUUUACAUGUCCACAGCUGAUCCCUGCAGAGCCCACCACCUCUGAGCGUCUUUACAAAGUCUGAAAUAAAGAUGAUCUGCUGAAUAAAAGUUGGUUAAAGUAAAAGAAGAUGGAGUAAAACUGAAGAGAGAACUCUGCCUCGACUUCAGCUCGUUUAAUUUCCUACAGAUUUGAACUUUUAUUAAAAUGACUGAAGGAAAAAAAGGAAGUUUAAAAGUUUCACUGACCUUUAAUCUGAAGAGACUUAUAGUCAGGUGCAAAUAUGACUUAACCCCAGAAAAAGUCUAACAAAAAAUAACAAAAAAAUUCCAACAAAAAAAUAACAAAAAAAUUCCAACAAAAAAAUAACAAAAAAAUUCCAACAAAAAAAUAACAAAUUUUUUUUUACAAAAAUAACAAAAAAAAAAUGUGAACAAAAAAUAACAAAAGAAAAAUUCUAGCAAAAAAUAGCAAAAGAAAUUCUAACAAAAAUUCUCUAAAUUCAAAUGUCUCCAUGUGUUUUUUCCAGGUCCUUAAAAUGACCAUUGCUCCUCUGUAUUCAUUCUAGACCAGGAAUCCUGGCGCCUCAAACAUGUUUUGACCUUCUAAUUGGCAUAUUUGUAUGAUAGAUCAGUGACUCAGGAGGGCGCUACAGCGAGCUCACCAGCUGCUGCUGCUUCUUCUUUUUUCACCGUAAACCGGACCUCACCAUAUGACUGCAUGUUCACUAUCAGGAGACGGUUAUCAUUGACACCAGCCUUAGAACGUUUCCUACAAACACACCAAACCUCAUUCAUAAAACUGCUCAUUUUACCUCACUGGACACAGGAGUUGUUGGUCUACCUCUGCCUGGACUGGUCCGUUGUUUCUAGACCAGGUUUUGUCUGAGCUCCUCUCCUGCUGAAACAAGGAUUUACUCUUUCCCAUAAUUCCCUGUGAACGCAGAGGUUUCACUUUUAUCGACCAUUUAUUCAGACGAGCUCCUGGUGGGAAACAUUAGACACCGAAAACCUCCGACCGCCACCGCCAAGUCAGCAGGAAGAGGCCAAUCAGCAGUGCGUGUGUGUGUGUGUGUGUGUGUGUGUGUGAGUGUGUGUGUGUGUGUGUGUGCGUGUGGAUGACUUUAUAGCUCAGAUGUGGUCAUGCUCGUCACGUGUGUGUUUGUGUGUGUGUGUGUCAGUGUAAGUCGUGGUCAGGUUUGUUUCACCACGAGGUUUACUGCUGAUGGCGCCUGGUUCUGUGUUUCCUUGGUUACCUGCAGUUUAUUGUAACAUAAAAUCAGAGUUAGCCAAUCAGAGAGCAGAACAGCUCAGACGUCUGUUCUUCAGUGAGUCUGGUUCUGUUGGAGGUUCUGUUGGAGGUUCUGUUCCGUCUCCACCUGCUCUGAGUGAAAACUGAGUGAAUCCUGAAAAAGUGGCGUUGGUCGUCGUUCUAACCUUCUCUCUUUUUCUCUCUUUGCCUUUCAGGCGAGUCUCAGGGCACGGUGAACUUCGUCCUCUCGAAAGAAGGCGGCGACCUCUCUCUGGUGGAGCAGGCCAACGUCUGGCUCUUCCUCCGUUUGGCGAAGACCAAUCGCAGCCGAGCCAAAGUCACCAUCCGGCUCUUCCAGCAGCGCCACCUCCCCAACGGACGCCCGUCUUUACCGCAGGACGACGUUCUGCUGGCCGAGAAAACCGUGGACACUCGGCGAAGCGGCUGGCACACCUUCCCUGUGUCGGGCGCGGUUCAGGCGCUGUUGGAAAGCUCUGAGAGCACGACGCUGCGCCUCAGGGUGUCCUGCCCACUCUGCGCCGAUGCCGGUGCGACCAUCGUGUUGGUCUCCGGCAGCCCAGAGACGUCGCAGCGGGGGAACCAGCGGGAACAAUCCCACCGGCCCUUCCUCAUGGCUGUGGUUCGACAGGAUGACGGCAGCGACUCCAGGCGGCGCAGGAAGAGAGGACUGGAGUGUGACGGGAAGGUGCGCGUCUGCUGCAAACGCCAGUUCUACGUCAACUUCAAAGACAUCGGCUGGAACGACUGGAUAAUCGCGCCGUCAGGAUACCACGCCAACUACUGCGAAGGGGAGUGCCCCUCCCACGUGGCCAGCAUCACCGGGUCCACGUUGUCCUUCCACUCCACCGUCAUCAGUCACUACCGCAUGAGGGGCUACAGCCCAUUCCAGAACCUGCGGUCCUGCUGCGUCCCGACCCGGCUACGGGCCAUGUCCAUGCUGUACUACAACGAGGAGCAGAAGAUCAUCAAAAAGGACAUCCAGAACAUGAUCGUGGAGGAGUGCGGCUGCUCGUAAACACGCGGGCCGACCCGGAUCGGUCCAAAACGAACUGGACUGGAGGGGACCUGAGAGGAGGAGGGGGACUCCUGAACCCGGAGAGAGAGAGCGACGGAAAGAGGAGAGGAGAAGGAAACGUUGUUUUUUUUUUUUUCUUUUAUCGUCAACGUUUGAUUCGGCGUCUCCCUCCGUCACUCGGGUCGCUCUCUGGGAUAAAAACUGUCUCCGUCCUCGUCCAGCAGAACUCAGAAAGAGUCUCGACGGCACUUUCAAAAAAAAAAGAGAAGAAAAAAAAAGAUAGAAAAAGAAUAUCUAAUAUAUUUUUGUUACAAAAGGAGGAGGGGCGGGGUUUAUUUAUGUGGCUGAGACGUUCAAGCACCGCUCGACCCGUCGGAUCUCGGAGAGACGAGGUGCCUGAAAAAAAAACUACUAACAAAAAAAUCUCAAAACUAUGCAACUUGUUUCACGUAUUACAACCUGAUUAUAUUUUACAGCGUUUUUGUUUCCCAACUGUUUACUUUUCAAAUGUUCGAGGAAGAAAGACGAAGAAGAAGAAGACUUUUAUAUUAUUUUUGGAAGUAUACAUUUGUGAUGUGUGUGUGUGUGUAAGUGUGUGUUUAUGUAAGUGUGUGUGUGUGAUUGUUGAGAGAUACUUGAAUGAAACAAGUUGGCCCCGCUGCUGGAACCAAACACUUCUUUAUGUUACCAUGGUUACCAUGUUGUUGUUGUUGUUGUUGUUGUUAUAAUUAUUAUUGUCAGUAAGUAUAUUAAUAAUAUUAUUGUUAUUGUUGUUAAUAAUAUUUUGUUCGGCUGCAUUCGUGUUGUUUUGUCGGCUUUGUUGAUUUUUUUAAGGAGACGUUUCAAACGUCGUCUAACGUUUUGCACUAAAGCGACACUCGAGCUCAGAUUAGACGGAAAGAGCGGACAGACCGGGACUUCCUGUUCAGGGUCCACUCUGGGUUAUACGUCGAAAAGAUCGCAGGUUUGAUCGCCAUGACGAGUCGAGCUCCGUAGCUUUACAGUCACAGUCUUCUGAAGGAAAUGAUGACUGAGUUUUAAUAAAACUAAAUUAAAUAGUCUUCACCUUGUUUCUGUCGUUUCUCUAAUCUGUUCACUGACAGCGUAAUCUACGUCUUCUUUACAACGCUGAGUCUAAAUUUUGCCUCCAGAUCUUCAGAAACAGCUAAAAAUUUUUAAUCCAGUCAGUUAAAAUAAUGAAUCCAUCUCCAGCUUUGUUCGAUAAUGUCAGAAGUUUGGUCGUAUUUAGUCAAAAAUCGCCAUGUCGGCCCAAAAUGUUCGUAUUUCCAACUGUAAAACUGACGAGAAUCUCGAGUCAAAGUUUCUGAAAUCUUCACCCAAAGAUCUGAAAGUGGAGACAAAAAAAUAGUAAUUUUAAGAUAAAAAUGUUGUUAUUCUCAUCAUCUUAUACAUAGUGAUUACUUAUUUAAACAAGAAAAUUUAGCGUUAAGGUGACCAUCUAAUAGCUAUCAAGUGAGUUUAUGUAGCAGUGUUAGCCUGUAAAUAUAGCAGUGCUAGCUAGUCCGUUAGCACUAAAGGCUAACUUCUAUUUUAACGCCACAUCUUAUCCAACAUGAAUUCAUUCCAGUUUGACUGAGCUGACUCAGACCCAGAGUGCUAGCAGCAGCGGCGUGACGACACUAGCAGGAUCUCCCGUCUGUCCGCUAACCUGAUACAAAAAUCUGUUUUUUUUAAAGUCGAUUAUUAAAAAAAAGCACUUAGUUUAAAAAAUAAAAGAUUUAAGUGGACAUCAGUGGGAUGAACUCAUCAAGCUAAAACACAGAAAAAAACGAUGUUUUGACUCCCAUGAAUGCUUGUUUAGCGUUAGCCGGCAUUUCCAAUAGCUUAACUUUUCUGUAACAGCUAGCGCACUGCUCCUCUCUCUAAUCCCAAAAAAAUAAAAACAGAAAAAAAACAAAGACUAAAAGCACAAGAUUGAUACUGUGAAACACUUGAUUUCUUUGUCUCUGGUGGAUGUUUACAAUGUGCCAACUAGCUAGCUAACCAUGGUUAGCAUUUGCCGACAAUAUUUAAAUGAUAGUUUUUCAUCUUUGAGCACUACGAACAAAAAAACCUGGCUUCAUCUUUCUAAACUUUAGUCCAGACUAGCCUCCUUAAAAUUAAAAAAAAAAAAAAACACAACCAUCUAUUCUGUGUAAGGCCCGACCGAUACAGAUUUUUUUGGGGUUGAUAUCAAUUAUUAGGAGGGGGAAAAGUCCAAUUACCGAUUAAUCGGCCGAUUUUUAAAAUUUUCUAUGUAGUUAUAAAAAAUAUAUAUAUAUACUGUAGGCUACUGAUCUUGAUGCCGCCAGGAAGACCGACUGAUCAAACUUGGACCAGAAAAGCAUUUUCAACUUCGUCUCGAUAACGUCGUAAACUGAUAAGAUGUAUAAAAAUUAACCCCCAAAUAUUAUUGAUCAAGAAAAAAUAUAAACAAUGAGACUAAAUCUGUUUUUGUAUCAGGCUGUAAACGUGUUUAUCUCUGCUGGAAAGUUAGACCUUUUAACAUGGGGUUCUAUGGGGAUUGACUCACUUUUGGAGAUAGCCUCUAGUGGACAGGAGAGGAACUGCGGUUUUAACGUCCGAGUUUGCCACAUGGUCACUAAUUGUAUAAGGUUUUUUUCGAGUCCUUAUUUUAGCAGCCAAAAAAAGAUGUUUGAAUUUAAUUUGCAGAAUCGAUAAAGUAAAAGUUUGUUUUUCAUGUAAACGGAUUUAAAUGAUCAUAAUCAGAAACAAACCCCUUCGAGAUUAAAGCUCCUUUAAUUACUGUUUUACAGGGAUUUAUGGGGCGAUUUCAAAAUAAAAGCCUGAUUCAGCUGUUCUUGUUCGUAGUGCUGACCGGCGGUCAGUUUGGUUUUCACCAGAGACAAAGACGCUCACAGUGGGUUCAUGGAUUUCAAUCAUUAGAGCAUCUCUUUGAGAGGACAAUAGAGGAUCUUUGUGUGUUUGUGUCCAGUUUUAGCUCGCUUUAGGACACCAAAGAGUUGAGUUUGUGCACUUUGUGUGAGUGAGAAAAACUUAAGUUAUGUUCAGUGAUGCUGAUGUGUGUCCAUUUUGUGGGGAAACACAGAAACUUCAGUUCUGGUCCCUCUAAUGUCUGUAAAAAAAAUACAAAAACAAAAAAAAAAUCAUCUUUAAAGUCUGAUUGUUUUCAUCUUUGUGGACGGAUUAUUUAAUUCAUGCUUUCUAGACUUUGUUACAGAUUCAUGUAGCUUCAGUUUAUUUUAGAUUAAAUCUAUGUUUCCAAGUUUUGAUGUUUUUCCAUUUCUGAUGUUGCACAUGAAGAACUCCAUUACCCACAAUGCUUUUCUUUCUGGUAUCUGACAAUCCACAGUCGCCUUGCUCUGUAUUUGGGAGAAAACGAAGGAUCAGAUCAGCGGUCGUGUCUGAGACGUCUGUGUUUUUAUCAGUACUGACUCGCUCACCAAAAGUUUUGGAGUAUUUGUCCCUUUUUUUUGUUGUUGUUGUCGAUGAUGAUGAUGAUGAUGAUGAAGUCCCGUUUGUUGGUGUUUUUAUCUUUUAUUUUUGUCGCUGUUGUCGAAAAGGAGAGUGGACCCUCUUCUUCUGGACUCUUUGGGACAAACUCACAGAGUGUACAUGGACGCAUUCAAAAACUGUCAUGGCGGAAAAAAGCCUCAAAAAGCUGAAAAAAAAAAAGGAGUAAAAAAAGCGACAAAAAAUACUGACACUGAACGAAGUGGACAAAGAAUAAAAAGUCUAUUUUUUAUUCUGUAUAUAUGGAAACAAGAUUCCAGUAUGUUGCAUUGCUUUGUUGUACAAAUCCAAUGUGCUUGUGGCAUUUUUCUAAUCUAAUUUAUUUUACAGUCUUACAGUUUUUGUUUCUG